AUUUUCGAGAGGCAUUUGUUUUUCGCGUUUUGUUUUCUGUGUUCCAUGUUCAAGGUCCUGAACUGCUUCUCGGAGAACUUCGAGGACAGCUCACCACUUUGACUGCAGUUCGGGUUACAUCUUGUGUGUUUCGCGUUCCGUUCCGUUAUUAUAUAUAUAUAUAUUUUUUAUUUUUAUUGUGCAAAUUGCCAGUUGACUUUCCAUCCCCAAUCCCCCACAAAUCCAUCGAGUUCCGGGGGCCCUUCGUCUGCUAGUUAGCCCACCGAACCCACGUAUCCAACGAAUCCUGCCUCCUUUUACGGUGAAGCUGCCUCGUGGUGGAUUUGUCGAGGCUUUGCCCCGCCGGGUGGAGUGCUCCAGAUCCAGUCGAAGCUGGCGAAGAAGUCCAAGUCGCAGUCCCAGCAUCCCAGCCAGCAGGAGGUUCGCAAGGACAGGGCCCGCAAAAGGGCCAAGGGGAGCGACAGGGCUAAGGAUCAGGAUAAGGAUAAGGAGCAGGAUCAGAAGCAGCCAAUGGCCAACCAACCGAAUAUUCCCGCUCACGAGCGUCGCAUCCACGAGCUGGACCAAAAUGUGGAGCGCAUGUUCGAUGUCCGCAAGCGUUUGGGCAAAGGUGCCUAUGGCAUCGUGUGGAAGGCCACCGACAAGCGGAACAAGGACACGGUGGCCUUGAAGAAGAUAUUCGAUGCCUUUCGGGAUGAAACCGAUGCCCAGCGCACCUACCGCGAGGUGAUAUUCCUGCGCGCCUUUCGUCACCAUCCCAAUAUCAUCCGCCUGAUGGAUGUCUUCAAAGCUGGCAACAAUUUGGACUUUUAUUUGGUGUUCGAGUUCAUGGAGAGCGACCUGCACAACGUGAUAAAGAAGGGCGAUGUCCUCAAGGACAUUCACAAGCGCUUCGUCAUGUACCAGCUGAUCAAUGCCAUCAAGUACAUGCACUCGGGCAAUGUCAUCCACAGGGACCUGAAGCCCAGUAACAUACUGAUAGACAGUAAAUGCAGACUCAAGGUGGCUGAUUUCGGUUUGGCCCGCACACUUUCCACCAAAAGAAAAGCGGAAUUUGAUGAUAUGGACCACGAGGGCAUGCUGACGGAUUAUGUGGCCACCCGUUGGUAUCGGGCUCCCGAAAUUCUGGUGGCCAGUCGCAAUUAUACCAAAGGCAUUGAUAUGUGGGGUCUGGGCUGCAUUCUGGGCGAGAUGAUAAGACAGAAGCCGCUCUUCCAAGGCACCAGCACUGUGAAUCAGAUAGAGAAAAUCGUGUUGGCCCUGCCGGAUGUGACCCAGCGUGACAUCGAUUCGAUCGGAGCCAGCUUCGGCACAGUGCUGCUGAGCAAGAAGAUCCAUCGCGAUCGCCGGCACUCGCUGGACGAGAUGCUGAGGAACUGCUGCGACGACGCCAUAUCGCUGGUCAAGUCCCUGCUGGUCCUGAAUCCCCACGGCCGUCUGACGGCCAAGGCGGCCAUCCAGCAUCCGUAUGUGAGUCGCUUCCGCACGGCCUCCGCGGACAUGGAGCUCCGGGUGGACAUCCAUCCGCCGCUGAAGGACGACGUGCGGUAUGGAGUGGACCAGUACCGGAGCAACCUGUACGACAUGAUUGGCCGCGAGUCGAGGGGCAGUGCCCGCACCGUGAGCAAUGCCACGCCCUCCAGCAAUCGGGAGAUCUCCUCGACGACGACGACGAAGCCCCAGCGAGUGGUGUCGCGAACCAGGACAUUGAGUGCCAGCCAGACGGACAAGAAGCUGGAGCUGCAUCCUCCUCCUCAGCCUCCGCAGGAGGUGGUGAGCACCCUGAGCCGCAGGAUCCCCGAACAGAAGAAGCCAACGACCCUCCAGAAGCCUCGUCCGCCGUCCAAGGAUGUCGUCCUGCCGGUGAAUCCUCCGGCUCCCGCAGGUAAAUCCGCUAGGAAUUUGGCCAAGUGCCGGCACAACCGGGUGGUGCUCCAAAGGGAACUGGCUGCCGUGAAGAAGAGUAGCAUCACUAGCACCACCACCUGGCAGUCGCAGGUCCAAGCGCAGGGCAAGUUCCAUGCGGAGGCCAAGGCCCAUGUGCAGGCGCUGCUCCAGUCGCAGAUGCCCCUGCCCUCCGCCGCCGCUGGAUCCCCACCGGAGAUCCAGGAGGUCACGACCCUGCGCAGGAAUCGAUCCCUGCGAACGAAAACCACCAAGGAGAUAAAGUCAAGAGAUAAAUCCUCCCAAUCCAAGGGGGAGAGGGAUCCCCCAGCCGAGGAGCGACGAAUCCUGGAGGAGCGGCGGAAUCUGCAGCGCCGGCGGAUGGCCGACAAUCUCCGGCUGAUGGAGGAGGAGCGCGAGCAGCUGGAGGAGAUGCGGGAGCAGGAGGCGGCGGCCAAAGCCUUCAGUGAGAUAGCCCGCAAGGUAAAGAAGCUCACCCAGAACAGCCAGACGAAGAAGAAGAGGGAGAAGGAUAAGAAGGAGCGGGAAAAGCAGGAGGAAAAGGAGGAAAAGCAGGAGGAGGAGCAGGAGGAUAUCUUCUGCUAUCGCCAGCGGAUCAACCACCUGGAGGAGGAGAUGGCCAAGUGCAAGGAGCAGCUGGUGAACUUCGUGCAAGACCAUCAGGAUCUCCUUACCCAGGAACGCCUGCGCUAUCACAUCAAGAAGCUGCAGCCGCGGAAAGAUCGGGAUGAAGAUCAGGAGAAGGAUCAGGAGGAGAAUCAGGAGGAGCUCUUCCGCCGGGAGCAGGAAAGGCAGCGCCACCGGCAGCUCCAGGAGUUCCUCAACCGCGACGACACCAACGAGUUCGACCUGCCCGAUCUGGCCAAUGUGUAUCGGGCCAGCUGCUUCCGCUCCUUCAACCUGCAGACGCCUCCGCCGGUGGCCGCCAGUGGCUCCUGCUCCUCCUCGUCGCCGGCCAGCGGGAGGCGGGAAUCGGGGGAAUCGGAGCAGGACUACCUGUUCACCAGCUACUUUCCCAACUACAGGCAGGAGCAGAAGGAGCGGGAGGAGCGGGAGGAUCUGCAGGAGCAGCGCAAGCGGCAGGAGCGGAUGAAGGCCCAGCUGAAGGCCUGCCAGAAGCAGCACGACGGCUUGGGACUCCACCACACCGUUCACCACCAGCGUCAUCAUCAUCUCCGCCAGGCAGCCGGCGGAGGAGGAGGAGGAGGUCCUCGCUACGAUCCCAUGCGACUGAGGCACCACGACAUCCAGGAGGCCAAGUUCUCCCAGGGAGUCAACUAA